AAAUCAUCACCACCAUAAAUAUUAAUAAUUUAGAUGGGCUCACUCCCGGCACUACAUCUACUGUCAAAACCACCACCUCGAAAUAUGGCAAGGCACUAAUACACAAACUGGAAUUGCUCAAGGACACUCGAUUCUCCCACUGGCGUCACGAGUUCAUCGUCCUUACUCUGACUUAUGCAAGUGAAACGCGUCUGCUUUACUUGGAACAUUCUUGGCAUGGCACAGGACUAGGAGAACGGAUACCCGUGACUCUUAGCAGUCUUGUUGGCAGUCAGAAAGGCAGCGCAGAUGAAGCAAUGUUCUAUAAACCAAAUGAUCCCCAUGAAAACCAUCGGAGGAAAUGCACCAUGACUGUCCUCGAAAUCCAGUUUUCUGAUCAUAGCCCUGGAGUCACUCUUCAUUUCAUUGCUCGCAUUCUAAGGCAAAUUGGGACGAAACAUCAAGCCUAUGCGUUAUUCAGUGCCAACUGUUGGGCUUGGUCUCGAGGCAUUGUUAUGGCCAUUGCCAUAGAGUCUAGUAGGAACGUCGAGAUAGUGACCAUGUCAGGGAGGGAUGUGACAUUGGACCAGCUCAAAAUUUACCUGUUGACCGAGUAUGGUGCGUUUGGUGGUAUGCUCUUGCAUUGCAUAGAGAAAGGGAAGCAUGACCUACGUUGGCACGAGUAUUGUACUCUGCGAUGUGCUUGCUUCCUUUAUGGCUUCAUCAGCCUCGGACUUUGGUUCAGACAUGUCAUUUUCGGUCCUCUCAACUGGGCACUACACACCAAGGAACUUUGCAUUUACAAGGACCGGACAACCAACACGAAAGGUCAAGACCACACAUACACUAUCCUGCCGCCCGACUUCACAGAUUUAAUCCCCACAUUCCCGGGCAUUGCCACACACCUUCUGGGACACAAUUUCUGCGGGCCAAGUAAAUAUCUAUAUAUCCUGGUUCCCCCGAUUGCAACCUCUGGAGCAAGAGUCACAUCAGUUCAUAUAUUUAUCUAUGGCACUGUGGAGUUAGAACCAGGCCAGGAACAGUUGGCCUCUGUUACCGAGAGCACUCUCAACAGAAUGGAAUGGUUUCGAUGUGCUAUUCUUCGCCAAACGCAGGACGGAAGACUCAUCGAGGUAUCUGAGCCCGCUUGCUUUCCACUCAGUGUACAGUUUCGGAGCGAAUCGGGGAGGCGAUCAUACGGCGCUGUACAUGUCAUGGAACAUCAUCACCCAUUGACUCUGGGGUUACGUCAAGGGGACUCGAUAGCAAUAUGGGCUCUCGGAAGAGCUGGCUUUAUCCACAAACCAGCAGGCGCUUGGAUCAAGGCCGUGACCAAUCACCGGCUUGGAUUUUUGGAUUGGCUGGUUACAAUCAACAUGACGAGAACGAUUGCAGGACUUAUCAUAUACCCUCGCGGUCAUACUUGGCCAGAGAUUGUCGGAAAAUUUUGCCAUGAACUGAAGCACCUGUUUAUCGAGAUUCCAUGGUGCUUGAACAGUUUUUGUAAUGACUGGCCUUGGUCAGCAAUCAACAUGGCAGCAUCACACUUACUUUCCACUGUCACACCGCUCCAGUUACCUGCAGAUGACGGUGACGAGCACCCGGUCGAAGUGUCGUUAUCUAACUUCAUAGAACAACUUCUCUCACCCAACAGCGGAAAAGGCUCACCAUUCUGCAGAGCUAUAAUGCGCUCCAUCUCUCUUGGACAAGCUGAGAUUGACCUCUUCAAGAUCAUCGUUCUGCUAGUCACCCUCGAUAACGUGAAGUAUUAUGUGCAUAUACGUCAUCCCAAAGACGAGGAGUCUCUCUGGCACCAUUUUAUCACUUCCCUGUGGAGCUAUCAUGGGUUCGUGCAGGAUACAGCAGUGAUAUAUCGACCAGGAAAAAUGCAGAAAGCCGCUUGGGACGCCUUGGAUGUCGAUUUCACAGCCGAGCUGUCUGAUAGUGACACUGCAGCACCGCAGGAUAUUCUCUCGGUCGCCUUGCGUUUACGCGACUUCCGGAAUAAUUACUGGUGGUAUUUCUGGCUGAACGAAAAUUGGCAGUGGCCUAUAUCUAUCGUGAAGGCGAUAAUGAAAUGUGCUGGCCAGGUUGUCCGUGUCCAGCUGCAAUGCGACGAAGAGCCGCUGCAGAUUGACAAGUGGGAGAAAACUGACGUCUUGUUGGGAGAGAAGGUAGAAGGGUGGGAACAUGCGGAGGGGAAAAUAUAUGGGAAUGGAAUGAAGGACGAUGUGCAUUUUUUGUUUGCGCAUGCACGAGCGCGCUUCUUGAUAGGGUCGAUCAUACUGAUAUCUGUAUUUCUUCAUGUUUAUUAUCACUUGUAAUCUCAUCAGGUUUUGCGCCAGUGACACGGCUGCCA